ACCAAUGGCCGGUUUUCCUCAUUUGAUAAGUUAUUUAGCCUUGUGAGCAAUUUGUUUACGAAUUAGUGCUUAAUAAUGCGUGUUAAUUCGAUGUUGGAAAUGGCUUCCAAAGCGUGGAUCAUCCUACUAGCAACAAUGGCGGUCAAAGCUGACCUCACGUGCACCCACCGAGGCACCGACGUGGUCUGCUCCACUGACAACUCGGACUAUGUCCUCAAACGGGGCCUGGUCUCAGAAAACAGCAAAACUACUGGCAUCACCCUUCGUAACUGCAGGAUCACUGGCGUCGAACUGGGGUCCUUCCACCAACUACCCGCUUUGGAGUAUCUCGACCUCAGCGUGAACAAGAUAUCCCGAUUGGAACUUGGCGUUCUAGAUGGAUUCAAGAAAACAGUUUUCUUAAAUCUCUCGCAUAACAGAUUGACAGAGUUCCCUUUGGGAUUGUUCGAUGAAAAACCUAAUUUGGAAGUGCUUGAUUUGAAAGGGAAUAGAUUGGAAAACCUUGAGCUUGGCAUUUUUGAUCCUUUACACAAGCUGAGACAUGUAGAUUUAUCAAGCAACAAAAUUAAAGGAAGGAGCUUAAAUCCAUAUAUUUUCGACCAAUCUCCGCAGAUCAAAUUCAUGGAUUUUUCAAGGAAUGAUAUGAGUGGUACUCCAGGGAAUAUGCUGGCGGCUUUUGAAGCUAUCGAUUUUCUCAAUUUAGAUCGGUGCUCUUUAUCGGAGGUCCCUAAUUUCGCUACCAAAUCAAAUUUACGAACGAUGACACAUCUCAUACUAUCAACGAACGAGAUUACUAUACUUGAUGAGCCUAGAAUCUUCACGUAUUUAGAGAACUUGGAGAAAUUAAAUCUAGUUGCAAAUUAUAUAACGGAAGUGCACCAAGACGUUUUCAAACCAUUGAAGAGAGUACAACUGAUAUUUUUAAGCCACAACAAAAUGAAAAACAUUCCAGAGACCCUGUUCCAAAAUAUGCGUCAUUUGAACAACAUUGAUUUAUCAAAUAAUCUUAUAGAAUACAUUCCAGUUAACGCAUUCCGCGGUACAAAGUUAAAAAGACUGAACCUAUCUAAUAAUCGCUUCACCUAUUUACAAGACAAUUUUAACCUAGAAUUGAGAAACUCUGGAGUUAAUUUAUCGCAUUUAUUCUUUCACAACAACCCGUGGCAAUGUGCGUGUCUCAACGAUAUUUUGGUAGAAGUUAAGAAGUACGGAAUAUCCUACAAUAGUGAUAAAUAUGAUGGGCGACGCCCUGUUUGUGUCACGGACGAAUUUAUUUGUAAAAGGCAACCGAACUUUAAUGAAUUUUAUAGUGAACUAUAUGAUAACGUUAUUUAAUAAAUGGG